AUGUCUUCACCCGAUGGGCAUGACCCAGAAUCGCCAAAAGCAGUCCAGCAGCGACCCCGUGCUCCUACAAUUAGUAUAGACGAUUCCGCCGUCAAUCCAUCCCCCUCCGAGGAACCUCCCAGUGCAGUUUCUGAUAAACCUAGUCCUUUACCCCGAAUACAAACGUCUGGACUCGAUUCUGGGCCUACGCUAUCCUCCCCGUUGUCGGUAUCCCCAACCGAUGUUCGACCACCCUCUGACACGCGCGAGUCGCGCCCAACCUCUCCUCAUAAUGUUUCCUCUCCCAGACCCCAGUUUCUCGAUGGAUCUGCCCACAACUUUCUUGCUGUCCCUGGCUCAAGAGCGAGGGCGACAUCAAUGGAGUCUCAAAAUUCAGCGUCGACUUCCGAAUUCGGCGGAGAAACACAAAUUGCUUCGACGAUUUCCGGAACAGACGAUUUACGCAAGAAUUCGUUGGCCAAUAACGAUGAUGUGAUGAACGAUGAAGAUGCACUGAGGCCAGAUCCCGGGAUGGAGGCGGAUUUUGUGGUGGAAGACAACAAGUUCGCGUUUAGCCCCGGACAGCUGAAUAAAAUGAUCAACCCUAAAAACCUAGCAGCGUUUCACGCUCUUGGAGGCCUGAGAGGUCUGGAGAAGGGUCUGCGAACUGACCGCAACAGCGGUCUCAGUGUAGACGAAGUUGGUUUGAGUGGCACAGUCGGCUUUCAAGAAGCGGUUCAGGCAGGCGCCGAAGCCGAGCAACGCUACGGCACUGUGAAGAGGACAACUACCUCCAACUCGAUAACAGCGCCAGCCAAGAUUUCCGAAAAUUCUUUUGCGGAUCGCAAGCGCAUUUUCAAGGACAAUCGGCUUCCGGAAAAGAAGGCCAAAACUUUCUGGCAGCUUGCCUGGAUUGCCUACAACGAUAAAGUGCUGAUUUUACUGUCUGUCGCUGCUGUCAUCUCACUGGCGCUUGGUAUUUACCAGACUGUCAAUCCUGUGCCCUCUGAGAAGCACGAAGCUCGGGUCGAGUGGGUCGAAGGUGUGGCAAUCAUGGUCGCCAUUUUCGUCGUAACUUUCGUGGGCGCACUGAACGACUAUCAGAAGGAGCGUCAAUUCAUCAAACUGAACCGCAAAAAGGAAGAACGAUUCGUGAAAGUCAUUCGAUCCGGGAAGUCUCAAGAAAUUUCAGUUUAUGAUGUGUUGGUUGGGGAUGUGAUGCAUCUCGAGCCAGGCGAUCUGAUCCCGGUGGACGGUGUCUUUAUUGAGGGUCACAACGUGCGAUGCGAUGAGUCCUCGGCCACCGGCGAAUCUGACAUUAUCCGCAAAACGCCUGCGGACGAGGUCUAUCACGCGAUCGAGACCCAUCAGAAUUUGAAGAAGAUGGACCCGUUCAUUCUGUCCGGUGGUAAGGUCGCCGAGGGCGUCGGCACGUUCCUCGUCACUGCAACCGGUGUCAAUUCCAGCUAUGGCAAGACAUUGAUGUCCCUACAGGACGAGACUCAGACAACGCCUCUCCAAAUGAAACUCAAUGUUCUCGCCGAGUAUAUUGCAAAGCUUGGUUUGGCUGCCGGUCUCUUGCUCUUUGUGGUGCUUUUUAUCAAGUUUCUGGCAGAACUCAAAAAUAUCCAAGGAGGUGCUCAGACCAAAGGCCAACGGUUUCUUCAAAUCUUCAUCGUUGCGGUCACCAUCAUUGUGGUUGCGGUGCCAGAAGGUUUACCUUUGGCUGUCACACUCGCCCUUGCAUUUGCGACGACGAGGAUGCUAAAGGACAACAACUUGGUGAGACUCCUGCGCGCUUGUGAGACCAUGGGCAAUGCUACUACUGUGUGCUCUGACAAGACUGGAACAUUGACACAAAAUAAAAUGACGGUUGUCGCGGGUACAUUGUCUACCGCUUCUAGAUUCGGCGAUAAACAACAGCCCAUCAACUCUACGGCAGAGAGUGAUACAAAGGUCUCAGGUCCUAUUGUGGCUGCUAAUGAUGUCUCCUCUACUGAGUUCUUUGCGACACUCUCUCCGGACACGAAGUCACUCCUCAAGGAUUCGAUUAUCCUCAACACUACCGCGUUUGAGGGUGAAGAAGAAGGCAAGAAGGUGUUUAUCGGAUCCAAGACCGAAACAGCUCUGCUUACAUUCAUUGUCGAUCAUCUUCCAGUCGAAUCAAUUGGUGAAGAACGCGCGAACGCUGAUGUUAUUCAAAUGGUUCCCUUCGACUCUGGCCGCAAAUGUAUGGCUGUCGUCAUCAAACUACCAAAUGGCAAAUAUCGUAUGAUGGUGAAAGGAGCUUCUGAAAUCCUCAUAUCUAAAUGCACUAGAAUCGUCAGCGAUCCGACAAAGGAGCUGGUGGAUACGCCCAUAACCUCGGAUCAAAUCGAAACAUUGAACGGCAUAGUCAGCAAUUAUGCGUCACGAUCUCUGCGUACCAUUGCACUUCUAUAUCGGGAUUUCAAUGAAUGGCCACCGCGGGGAGCCGCUCUUGCGGACGAUAAGAAACAGGCGGAUUUUGAUAAAGUCUUCAAAGACAUGGUCUUCCUGGGGUGUGUUGGUAUCCAGGACCCCCUUCGCCCAGGUGUUGAAAAGGCUGUUCGCGACUGUCAAGUUGCCGGUGUGUUUGUGCGCAUGGUGACGGGUGAUAACAUUAUGACCGCCAAGGCGAUUGCGACAGAAUGUGGUAUCUUUACACCUGGUGGUAUUGCUAUGGAAGGACCUGUUUUUCGAAAAUUGAGCUCAAAGCAGCUGACACAGGUGAUUCCACGCCUGCAAGUACUCGCAAGAUCGAGUCCCGACGAUAAGAAGCUGCUUGUGAGCCAUCUUAAGAAGCUCGGAGAGACCGUGGCUGUUACUGGUGAUGGUACCAAUGAUGCACCCGCGCUCAAGGCUGCAGAUGUUGGCUUCUCGAUGGGUAUCGCAGGAACGGAGGUCGCCAAGGAAGCGUCGGCUAUCAUCCUCAUGGACGAUAACUUUGCGUCAAUCGUCAAAGCCAUUUCCUGGGGCAGAACUGUCAACGAUGCUGUCAAGAAGUUCCUUCAGUUCCAAAUUACGGUGAACAUCACUGCAGUCUUUCUAACGUUCAUUUCUGCGGUUGCCAAUGAUGAAGAAAGCUCUGUGCUGACGGCCGUACAACUUCUGUGGGUUAACUUGAUUAUGGACACUUUCGCAGCUCUUGCCCUUGCCACGGAUCCCCCUUCACCUUCCGUGUUAAAACGACGACCGGAACCGAAAUCGGCGCCAUUGAUUACCGUCACUAUGUGGAAGAUGAUUAUUGGGCAGUCGAUCUAUCAGCUGGUCGUGACACUGAUCUUGUACUUUGCUGGAAACAGUAUCCUGUCCUAUCAAACACAACAUGAAAAAGACCGACUUCAGAGCACUAUCUUCAAUACGUUUGUAUGGAUGCAGAUUUUCAACCAGUACAAUUCGCGGCGAUUGGAUAACCAGUUCAAUAUUUUCGAAGGAAUCCUUCGCAAUUACUGGUUCAUUGGGAUUCAGUUCGUCAUCAUUGGAGGCCAGUGCUUGAUCAUGUUUGUUGGUGGACAGGCAUUCUCGAUCAAUCAAAUCAACGGGGCACAAUGGGGAUACUCCAUUGUUCUGGGCGCACUUUCCAUGCCGGUGGCAGUAAUCAUCCGAUUGAUACCCGACGAACUGUUUGCGAGACUGAUACCCCAUCUUCCGCGGAGAAAGAAACGUGGUCCAGAAUUUGUGCUCGAAGAUGACGAAAAGGUGCAAUGGAACCCAGCGUUGGAAGAGAUUCGAGAAGAGCUGCAAUUUUUGAAGAGAAUCCGUGGGGGCCGGAUUUCGGAGCUGGCUUACAAACUGCAGCAUCCACGAGACACGUUUAUGCCGCGGUCACGCAGCCCGUCUCGUUCACGAUCGAACAGCGAACUACCGCAGACACCAGAAGGAGAUGUCAUAGUAGAGACAAUGACGGGGUCCCCAGUCAUACUUACCCCAGAAAAAGUAAGACGACGGGCAAGAUCGAGUUCGAACUCAGUUUUCGGGCCUGCCACAGCAAUGGCUGGUAUCAUUGCAGGAAGCGUCGCUGGAGGAUGGUCGCCGAUUGAGAAGCGGCCUGAAGAACUCGAGACAGUGCGUUUCACCCGAGCUCGAUCUCAUUCCGGCGUUGAAGGGACAAGCGGGAUGGAAAUCCAUCCGGCAACGCCAGCAGACGACCCUGUUUUUGCCCGCUCGGCCCCCAGGGCUGGCAUCCCUCCCAGCCAAGAUCCUGAUUUGGCUCCACACUUCGAAUAUGCACCGCCACAUAGCCCUUCCUCGCGGUCUAAAGGCUCACAUUCGCGACAUGGGUCUUCUGCGUGA